AUGUAUAAACCAAAAAUGAUAGAAAAUGAAAAAGAUCUUGUUUGUUAAAUGAAUCACAAGCAAUCCAUCUCCAUGAUUGUUCUAGAUUCUAAUCUUUCAUCUAAUUAAAGACUCCUAUGUUAAUAAUGCAUUGAUGUUUUCAAAACUGAUGCCUAGAUUAUUGAAUUCAAAAAAGUUAUCCAGAUAAUUGAAGAUAAUAAAAUAAAAUCAUUAGAUAUUUUAGAGAAUUUAAUUAAAUAAAAUAUUUAGUAUAUUGAGUUAUUCUAAACUCAAGUCUUUAAUUUGAAGUCUCAUCUUGUUUAAUAAUUAGAUCAUUUGAUUAAUAAUACAAAGGAUUGGGUAUUAAAUUUAUAAUCAACAGGCUCAAAGUAUUCAUAAUAUAGUUUCUAUUAAGAGUUAGAUUUAAUAAUUAUGAAUUAAUAAUCAACUUAGAAUGAUCAAAUAAAUUUAAAUGAUCAAAUUAAAAUAAUAAAUGAUGCUUGGAAAACUGAAGUUAAUUAUCAACUAGAAAUAUUCAAAUCAUUUAAAGAAUAUUAAUAAAGUAAAGAUAUAUUGAAGAAUCUUACUAAUUAAUCUUAGUAGGAAUAAAUUAAAUCCAAUAUAAUUAUUAAUUAAAUUAUAAACUAAGAUAAAGAGCAGAAAAAAUAAAUUACGGAUAAUGUAAUAAUUUAAUAAUAAUAAUUAAGUCCAUAUAAGUUAUAAUUUAUAGAUGAUUCAAUUCAACAAGAGGAAUGGUGUAAUGCAAUUGUUUUUGAUCCAACAGGAAAGAUUAUGGUAUCAAUUAAUGGAGAAGAUAUAAUAAUUUGGAAUAUCAAUAAUAGAAAGAUCAAUCAUGCUCAUUUACUUCAAGGACAUUCAUAAAAUGUUAGUUGUCUAAUAUAUAGUUUGAUUAAUAAUUAUUUUAUUUCAGGAUCAUUUGAUAAUUCAAUUAGAAUCUGGAAAUAUUAGAAUAAUAAUUAGUGGUAAAGUUCCAAACCAUACAAUGAACAUAAGCAUUGUAUUAGUUGUAUAAUAUUAACAUCAAAAGAAGAUUAAUUAAUAUCAUGUAGUUUUGAUAGAUCAAUUAAAGUAUGGAUUAUAGAUUUAAACAAUAAUGAAUUAAAAUUAUUAUACUCUUUAGAAAAGCAUACUGAUUAUGUAUUUUCUUUAAGUUUAAAUCAAACAGAGAGAGUAUUGGUUUCAUGUGGAGUUGAUGGUUAAAUUAUAAUUUGGAAAAAAUAAUUAAAUAGUUAGUGGUAAUUUUAGUAUGUUGUUAUAAUGAUUGAGAAUAAAAUUUUAUAUAUCUAACUAUUAAACAUAUUUCUUUUUUAAAUUCUUUAUGUAAAUUAUUUUAAUUAACUGCAAUUAUUAUAAUAAAACAAUAAAAGAAUAUGGAUUUCAUGUCAAGUUUCUACAGGAAAAUUAAUUUAUUUGGGUCCCAUAUUCAAGUCACAAUUUAUGUGUGUUUGAAUGUAAAGAUGAAGAUUAAUAUCAAGAAAAUAUAGAAAAGAGAAUUUAAUUUUAAAAAGAUAAUCAAAGAGGUGUAAAUUAUUUGUUAUUCCCAAUAAUAUACAAUAAAGAUAAAAACCUGAUAUGUUUAAGACGUGCGUAACAUAUUUUCAUAAUUAAAGUGCAAAUUAAUGGAUUUUUAUCUAUUGUUGAAUAAUUAGAUUGUCAGGAUUGUUAUAUAUAUGGAUCCUUAACAAAUAAUGGACAAUAUUUAGUAUACUGGGGAGAAAAGACGAAAAAAUACAAGACUUAUGAAAUAUUAUAUAAAUGA